GAAAACAAUCAGGAAACCAAGCGCAGCCAUGAAGGUAUUGGUGCUGUUGGUCGUGAUCUGUGGUGCUAUGGCACAUCUCUGCCUGUUGUCACCUCUGCAGCGUGGCACUAUGAAUGGCAUUAACACAGCAGGGGCCACAGACUGUCUGUUAACCACAGGGCCAUGUGGAGGUCGUCAACCACAUGGUUACCCCCCUCUCGCUUUCAAAGCUGGGAGCAAUCAGACUGUGAUUUUCCAGAAGAAUCUUGACCACUACAACAAAACAACACCAGGUUAUUUCUCCAUAUCCUUUGGUCCAGCCCAGAUAGCCUUAAAAGAAUUCAGUAGGGUCCCAGACAGAGGAGAACCUAGCCUAUAUGUAUACACAGUCAAUGUCACUAUACCAAAAAAACCAGAUCCAUUCCAUACAAUACAAGUGGUCUAUGUGACAAACAACACUGCAGCGCCACCUAUGUUCUAUCAAUGUGCUGAUUUCCAAAUAAAUUAGAUAAUACCAAUGA